CUGUCACUGUGAAUGGGGAGGGAGGUGUGCUUGCCCCUGCUCCAAAUCAGCCUGUGCUCUGGGAAAGAGCACAGACCACUCAGACAGGUCUGACGAAAGCUAUUCAUGAUUCCCCAGAAACCCCAUAUGCAUACCUGUGAAAUUGACACACAACUUCAGGGGGUCUCAUGGAUCUCCAUUGAAGGCCAUCUGUGGAUCCUGAUCUAGAAACACAGAGUACUUCCAACAGCAACUCUCAGCCACCUCCUUCCUGUUUGACGACAGCGUCGCCAAGUCCCUCCAAACCCCGCACGGCAGAGCUGGUCCUACAGCGAAUGCAGCAGUUCAAGAGAGCAGACCCCGAGCGUUUGAAACAUGUUUUGGAAGAGUGCUCCUUUGAAUUGGCAUCAGAAGAAAAUGUCCCAAAGGGCCCUCAAGAGGAGACAGUGUCAGGGAACGGUAUGAUGGAACACGGGUCUGGGCUCCCUGCCACAGAGAGCGAUGCUGCCGUGGCCUUGGCGCUGCAGCAGGAGUUUGCACGGGGAGGAGCGGCUGCGCACGACGACAGCCUGGAGGAAAAGGGGUUGUUCUUCUGCCAGAUCUGUCAAAAGGACCUCUCAGCCAUGAACGUGGCACGGAGGGAGCAGCACGUGAACAGGUGCUUGGAUGAAGCUGAAAAGGCACCGAGACCAUCCAUGCCUCAGAUCCCCGAAUGCCCGAUUUGUGGCAAACCGUUUCUCACCUUAAAGAGCAGAAUCAGUCACUUGAAACAGUGUGCAGUGAAGAUGGAGGUCGGCCCCCAACUCCUGCUGCAGGCCGUGCGGCUGCAGACAGCUCGGCCCGAGGGGGGCGGCAGCCCACCAGCAUCUAGCUCCAGCAGUCACGUUGGGGGUGUGAAACGGAAAGGAGCCACCAACAAGAAGGAGCCACAGAAGAGACAGAAAGUUGACGAGGCGCCGUGCGAGGAUCUGCUGGUGGCCAUGGCUCUGUCCCGAUCUGAGAUGGAGCAGUGUCCGGCUGUGCCAGCGCUCAAACUAGAAAGUGCUUUCUCCGCGAGGAUACGGCCAGGAGCAGAGAAGAAAAGUCGCAAGAAGAAAACCCUGGUUUCGCCCCCGAGGUUGUUGGUCCAGGACUCGGAGACCACAGGCAGGCAGAUACAGGAGCGAGUGGCCCUGCUGCUUUCCGAGGAAGCAGAAUUGUCCAGCACGCCACGGCUUCCCCCCAGCAGGGUUUUAAAGGAAGAGUUGGAAAAGGCCAGCUGGUGUCUGCCACCACCUGAGGGGAAGCAGAACUUUCUGUGGGAGGGCAGCGCCCUGACCGGAUCCUGGGCCAUGGAGUCCUUCUACACGGCCAGCUUGGUCCCGCCCCUCGUGCCCCAGCAGCCUGCCUCGGGCCUCACGCAGAAGCCCGUGGUGCCACUGGUGCCCCCUGAGCAGUCAGAGCCGGGCGUGGGAAGACCACCUGCUCUCCACAGCACCCCCUCUGUGGGCUGCAGCCCUGGAGACCCAUCACCAUCGGCCAGCCAGAGGGAGCACCAGGCCCUGCAGGACCUGGUGGACCUGGCAAGGGAGGGGCUGAGCGCCAGCCCAUUGCCUGGCAGUGGGCACCUGGCUGUCUUGGGAGGGACCACAGGGUUGGACUUGGUGCCCAGUGACCUUCCACUGACCGGGUUUGUCCUGCCACCCGAGGAGAAGCACCUAGAGAGGGAAGAGAGCCACGCUUCGCUCUCCCUCGGGUUGCUGGUUGCUGACUUUGGCGCCAUGGUCAACAACCCACACCUGAGUGAUGUCCAGUUCCAGACGGACAGCGGGGAGGUGCUUCACGCUCACAAGUUUGUGCUCUAUGCCCGAUGUCCGCUUCUCAGCCAGUAUGUGAACAAUGAAGGUUUCUCUGCUGUAGAAGAAGGGGUUCUGACCCAGCGUGUCCUGCUGAGUGACAUGAGCACAGAGGCCGCCCUUGCGUUCCUGCACUAUCUCUACACUGCGGACACUGGCCUUCCUCCCCACCUGGCCCCUGAGCUGAGCUCCCUGGCCCUCAGGUUUGGCAUGAGUGAGCUUGCUCUCCUGUGCGAGCAAGUGCCCCUCAGGACGGAUUCAGAGGGCGCACAGUGGGAGGAGAAGGAAGAAAAGAAUUGUGAAAGCAGAGCAGAGAACUUCCAAGAACUCUUGAGGUCAGUGUGGGUAGAUGAAGAGGAGGAAGCAGAGACUUUGUUGAAAUCCAAGGGCCACAAAGACGACAGAGAAAAGGUGAAUGAGGCAGAAAUGGAAGAAAUUUAUGAAUUUGCAGCUACUCAGCGAAAGCUGCUCCAGGGGGCAAGAAUACCAGACGUUGACGAGGACACUGACCACCACGAGGACAGUCCAGUCUCUGGGCAUAUCCUAGCAUGUGUCCAGGUCAAUGAACGGUUGGAAAAAGCAGAGAACAUGGAGUCCUCUGAGCCAGGAAGAGAGGAGGCCCCAACCAACUGGGAAAACGUGCGGCCCCUCCAGAGGCAGCCUUCAGACAGGGAGGGGGGCACAGAGACCCACGAGCAAGAUGCACCCAUGGAGGCCGGGGGUCACUCCGGCUCCUACAGCCCUCCUGGGGGCUGUCCCCUUCCGCACGUGGAGGAUGCCCACGAUGACGAGCAGCUCUUUGCGUCAACUCCAGGAGAAUUCUCUGAGCUGUCCCGGAUAACAAGCGAUCCUGAGGAACAGGGUGGCGCCGUCAGGGAGAGGGGCAGGGAGAUCCCUGCUCCCCAGCAGGUGCCCCCGGCUCACCCGUGCUGCUUCCUGUCCCAGCCGCCCCGGGGCGGGAGUUCCAGCCGGUCCCAUCUUCACCUUCAUCACACAAGCGGGUGGUCCCCAUCAACACCCCAAUCGCACAGUGGUGUCUCCCAUGUGGCCUCCCCCAAGUCACCGUCUCCAGCUGUGCUAUCAAAGCAGAAAAGGGACAGCAGUGUCCUUACGCUAUUUAAAGAGCCAGGCCACCAGAAAGGCAAAGAAUGUAGUUCCAUGCUGGAACGCAAAAAUAAGGGGGUCCUGAUAUCCCCAGAAAAAUCUCUGUCCAUUGACCUAACCCAAACGAAACCUGACCGUUUGAGUCCCAGAUCUCAGAAUUCUGCAUCCAACGUGAGCAAAGAAGAUGACAUUAUCCUUUUGUUGGAUUCAGAUGAAGAGAUGGAGCUAGAACAAACCAAAAUAAAGUCAGUUUCUAGUGAUCCCCAAGAAGAAAAGAAAGUUCUAGACAUCAGCCCCAAGUCCUCUGAGCUGUUUUCUGUCAUUGAUGUUGAUGCUGAUCAGGAACGUUCCCAAAGCCCGCCAGGAAGAGAAGCCGAGCCGCAGCAGGAGGCGGCGAAGCGGGGCCCCAUGAGCAUCAGAGGGACCCCCUGGCUGUUCGGUGACCGAGAGAGCAGCCCCGACGAGGACAGCACCACGGACUCCUCGUGGCUGGUGCCUGCCACCCCACUGGCCAGCAGAAGCCGUGACCGUUCAUCCCAGACCCAGAUCACCAGCCUCAGGGCCAGGACGUCAGGGGACGAGGCGACUCUGCACGUGCCUGCGGCCUCGUUAGGAAAUAGGGAAGGGAAGGAGGCGGCACAGGCGCUGUCAGUGAUCGUGCCCCAGACACUGUCCUCAUGCCGCGUCCCCAGCACUCCAGGAACGUCUCACAGCAGAAGGCAGGUCCACAGAAGCCCCUCCCGUGCCCACCCCGGGCACUGCAAGCUCUCCUCUCCGCUGGCCGCCCGGCCCACCUCAGGAGGCCACGUGCGUCUCUCCGGGCAGUUCCCGAGACGCUCGCCAGGGCCGAGCCUGCUGAGGACGGCCACCGUGAGCGAAGUGGUGGAGGUUAAGGACAGUGAGGAUGAGCAGGAGGUGGCCUCCCACCAGGCUCACAGCAGCCCCCUGCUGGACAGCGACCCCCCAGUUCCUCUUGAUGACUGCUGCUGGCAAGUUGAGCCCCUCUCACCGAUUCCAAUCGACCGCUUGAACCUCGAGCAGACUGGCCCCCUGAGCACCAGCAGUCCCAACAGCAGGGUGAGGGAGGCCCUGGACGGCAGUGACGGCCACUCCCCGGGGCUCCUGGGUUCCACCCCUAUCCGAGGAAGCUGUGCUGCCCAAAGAAAACCUCCGGAGAAAUCCUCAUGGGCCGGCUCCCCAGGCAGCAGCAGGCUGAGCUUUUUGAAUUCAGCUCUGUGGGACGACUGGGAUGAGGAAGAGCAGAAGUCUCCAGAGGCUCUUCCUGUGUCCGAGCCACUGAGCCCUGGUCCAGCCCAGAGGCCUGAAGAGUCAGAGACACCCAAAGGUGCUAAUCAGAAGAAGAACUUGCCCCCAAAAGUGCCCAUAACUCCCAUGCCCAGGUAUUCCAUCAUGGAGACCCCGGUGCUGAAGAAAGAACUGGACAGGUUUGGAGUCCGCCCUCUGCCCAAACGCCAGAUGGUUCUGAAACUGAAGGAGAUAUUCCAGUAUACUCACCAGACCCUGGAGUCCGACUCUGAGGAUGAGAUCCCGUCCUCACAGGUGCCACGACGAGAGGCGCCUCCCAGCCAGACCCACACCUCUGACACCCACAAGCCUUCAAGGACAGGAGCCCAAGCCCAGCAGGAGGCCACUGUGGGACCCGUGCCGCAAAGGUCCAAGGGACCUGCUAAGACCAAGGGCCCCCGACGGCGAAAGCAGCAGCCCAGUGGGAGCGUCCCACCCCUGAGCACGUCACCAGCCAAGGAGGCUCCUCCAGGCCCUGGUGGCAACACCCAGCUCCCAGCCUCCCAGGAAUCUGUGGCCACCUCUGUGGACGGCAGUGACAGCUCCUUCAGCUCCCAAAGUUCUUCCUCCUGUGAGUUUGGUGCGGCCUUCGAGUGUGCAGGUGAAGACGAGGAGGGCGAGGAGGGAGUGAGCGCGUCGCAGGCGGCCAGCCGGGCAGCAGACACGGAGGAGGCAGUGAGACGCUACAUCCGCUCCCAGCCGGCCCUGUACCGGAAGGUGCUGCUGUACCAGCCCUUCGAGCUGGGGGAGCUGCAGGCAGAGCUGAAGCAGAACGGCAUCCGCGUGGCCACGGGCAAGCUGCUGGACUUCCUGGACGCGCACUGCAUCACCUUCACCACUGCCGCAGCCCGCAAGGAGAAGCUCCAGGGGAAGAGGCGGCAUCCCGUGGGCAGGAAGAAAGGGCAGCGGAAUUGACAGGGCGAUCCCCACCACCCCCGGCUCUCGGCAGCCAGUGGGGUCUGUGCCCUGCAUCAGCCCCCAUGGGCCACCUGCAGGGAGGACCUGGGACACCGGUGCAGGUCGGGCCUCCACAGGCACUUCUGGGCCUCUGGGUCCUGUCAGCUCCUCACCUGUGAGAGUGACGACACACUGACCCGGGUCUCCUCUUCUGGGCUCCACUCUGGAGUGGCUGGGAGAGUGUCGCCGCUGGAUUUCGGGCCCCCAGCCCCAUCCCUCUCUCGGUGCCCACAGCAUGUCUCCCUUUAACCCAGUAGGGCCCCAUGUGUUCUGGGGGUCAGUGGGCUGCCGCCAGGCCAGGGCAAAACCUGACUGCCGCAUCUGCAUCCACUAGUCCCAGGCGCGACUGCCCCAUGGGUCUGUGUCCCGAGGUGGAUGUCAGGUGGCCUGGCGGCAUGGGCUCGUCUUCCUUCUCAGCAUUCAGACCAGUCCCAGCGAGCACCAGCAGACCAAGUGUCCACAGGCUCUCUGUACUGCCACGCCCCAGCCGCAGUUCUCCUGGCCCAGCUGUGUCUCCUGCUGAGACGCUUGUCAUUGUCACCAGCAGUCUCUA